ACUUGUGUAUACCGUUCUAGCUCCAGGCCGUCUGUCGGCAGCUCCGAGAGCCUGUACUUCUUCAACAGGGUGCCCUCCAGUCCACCGGCAUCGCUCCUGAGGGAUACCUAUGACGAUGGUGGUAUGCUUCUGAGCUCUCCAAGCAAAGUGCAGACGUAUCAAAGUGAUGAUAUACAAACGUCGCAGAUGACCAUUGUUCCUGACCGGGGAAGCGACAGUGAUGACUCCGAGAGUACAGUGGAUUUCAACAUAAACAACUUGAACAAAGUGAAUGGCUAUCUGUCCAGUGACAACCUGAUGUCCGACCCGACACAGUCCAAUGAUACAGAUGCCACGAUUGUCACCAGGGGACGAAUUGCACGGUGUAUUGAAGAAGGCAAUCCAAAAUUACACAUCGAGAACCUCGGAUUGACGGUGUUACCGGACGACGUUGAAGAUAUGAAGAACAUGGUUUGCUGGAACAAAGGCAGGCUGAGUGCUGCUCAGAUAGAGAUCUAUGCUGCCCAGAACAAGCUAAAGAUCCUACCUCCGUGUCUCUUCAACGUCGAGCAGAUUUGUGUGCUGUCGCUACGAGGCAACAAACUGAAGAAGAUCCCUGGGAUCAUAUGGAAGAUGAAGAACUUGACGGAGCUCUCCAUAAUGAACAACGAUAUAAAGGUUUUACCGUAUCAGAUUCUGAAGUUACCCAAACUGACCAAUCUCUUGGUUCGCCCGAAUGCGAACCUCAUUGAGCUUCGAGACCAGGACCCUCACUCAUACUACUGCAUUGCCAACGCGAUACCUAACCAGGACGGGGAUAUCCGUCGCUACGUCUCCAGGGUGAAGUGGUCACAUAGGAUAACGUCUGCUGAAAGAACCUCUCCCGAGAGAACGGACCGUGAGAUUGCACACAGCCUUGAGGUUUCGCCUGUGCCGAAACUGAGCGAGCUGGCACUUAGACGGUUCUGUCACUACGACGUGACGCUAUCAGAGACCAAGCUCUGGAAAAGAACCAUACCGAUAUACACACAGAGGAUGGUUACAAAGGCGUUGCAGAAGGGCAUCUAUGAUGAGUGUUGUUCCGUGUGCGAUAAGGUGACCGUGAACCCGAUCGCGAAGGCGUUGGAGUGGUGGGACUUCAAGGACCAGACGCUUGUGCCCGUGAGACGCAACUUCUGCUGUGGCAACUGUGUGAAAGUGUGGCUGGACGACGUUGAGGACAAGCUUGAGAGGAUGAGCUCGUGCUGAAAUGGACAGUGCUGAAAUGGACAGUGGUGUGUGUGAUGUGUAGUGCGCGCGGACAUGUAGGCGUCUAGACAUAGACACCCGGACACCACACACCCGGACACCGUGACACCAAACACCCGUGACACCAAACACCCAAACACUACACACCCGUACACCCAAACACCCGGACACCACAGCGCCCCCAGCGCUCCCGCCCCAGCUACACUGGAUCUCCAGACGCACACCGCUCCCAGCCCAAAUCACCUCACCUCCCACGCUACGGCCCACGCUACGGCCCACUUUCCCGCUCCCAG